GCUGCAUGGCGCCCUAGGCGAAAAAUGAAUUUGGCGUACUCUGCGGGUCUUAGAUUUGCAGAUUCCAGCUAGGCCUCAAACCGUGAGACUCUUCAUUUAAAAGCAAAAGCACUAACUGACUGUAUUUAAGAUGAAAGUAGGGGGUUUUAACUGUUAAACUAUAGACUGUAAUUAAUUUUUUCUUUUUCAACCAAAAUGCAGGGAGGGGGGUUAAUUUCCAAGCAAUUUUAUAUAAGUAAAAAAGACAAACCUCUGCUUUGAACCUGUUUCCUUCUCUGCUUUUUUCAUCGUUAAAGUUUUAAGAAGCGCUUACAGCGGCAACAACCCAACCCAACUAGACAGCAGCAGUUUUUAAUUUUGUUGUAUGUCUGAAAAAGUUCACUCUCUUGACUUUGAAGGGGUGUGCUUUUAAAUUAUAAUUAAGUAGUAUUGAGUGAACAGAGAAGGAUAAAUAAUCUAUUACUCGUGAAAGACAGUUUAUAAAUUAUUAGUUGGGUCAGGCCGUCACUUGAUGCUACAGCAGAAGCUCAACUUUAGAAAGGCUCACCUACAAUGUAUAGCAACGCUGCUUUAUCUGACUGAAGCAUAAAGAGGCUUUAAGAUACUUGUUUUGGUUUCGGGAUGGAGCUCUCAAAAAGCUUUGUGGAUGUUUGGAUCACGUACUUUGGGAAUGGCUCUCUGCUGCAGCCACUGUGGGACAGCCUGAGGCUCAACUACAAAGAUUAUUUGCGAUCUCCACUUUUUCCAGUGGCACUGACCGUCUCAUCCUAUUUUGUCUUUUGCAUACCUUUUCUUGCCUGUGACAUCAUGGGGGAGAUGUGGGCAUGGAUCCAGCAAUUUAAGAUUCAACCAAGCCGUCGGCCAACAGCCUCUUCAGUGCUGCACUGCGCUUCGGUCACAUUGUUCAACCACAUGUUUCUUGUGCUCCCUGCGUCGGUGGCCCAGUGGGUAUGGAGGCCACCGGUGGACCUACCAGACCAGGCUCCAUCGCUCUUUGAACUGCUUUCCGGGGUCAUAGGCAAUCUACUGCUUUUCGAUUUUCAGUACUACAUUUGGCACCUGCUCCAUCACAAGAUCCGGUGGCUUUACGUUACCUUCCACGCCAUCCACCACCAAUACUCUUCGCCGUUUGCUCUGGCCACCCAAUGUUUGAGUGGUUGGGAGCUGAUCACGGUGGGGUUUUGGACCACCCUUAAUCCUAUUAUCCUAAAGUCCCAUCUACUCACCACAUGGGCCUUCAUGGUGUUCCAUGUAUAUGUUUCCAUAGAAGAUCACUGUGGGUAUGAUUUUCCCUGGUCUACAACACAUCUGUUUCCAUGUGGCUUCUAUGGAGGCCCCAGCAAGCACGAUGUGCACCACCAGAAACCCAACACCAACUUUGCUCCACACUUCAGUCACUGGGACAUAAUAUUUGGCACACAUAGUGGUACUUCGCCCUCUUCUUCAGAGAAGGAUACAGAUAAGACAACAAGAUAACAAGCUACAAAAAGGCUGUGCUCAAUGAUACCUUUGCAUAAAUUAAUGCUUUUAAAUUUACAUUUUGAGUGGAUCUGUCAACUAUUACUGUUGUGAAUUUGUUUGAAGAGUUACAGUGCAAAUGCAUGUUUGCAUUUGUUUGUUAGCAUGUGUUCUUUAUUGAUUUAAACUUAUUUUGAA